CGCGCGGAAUCACUCAAGCCCACUGGGGGAGUAAAAGCGGUUAUUUUCAGUUACUUUUAACUUACCCAGUGGAGAGCAGAGGGGAAAGAAAGAUUAUGAUAAAAAAGCGAAAAGGAAUUCAAUUCCGAAUUCAUUCUUCUUUCCGCCAUUGCCACCGCUGUAAUCUGCAUCCUUGCCCGUUGCUAACCUCUUGCAGGAGGAGAGAAAGACAAGGGAGGACCAAUUUGAUGGCGGGGAGAGUGAUAACGGUGGCGCAGGAUGGCACCGGCGACUUCACCACCGUGCAGGCAGCAGUGGACAUUGUCCCGUUAGGGAACAACUUCCGAACAGUAAUCCGAAUUGGCCCAGGAGUUUACAGGCAGCCUGUGUACGUUCCCAAGACCAAAAAUUUCAUAACCCUUGCCGGUUUGCGUCCGGAGGACACCGUACUUACCUGGAACAACAGCGUCUCCAGAAUCGAUCACCACCAGGGGGAAAGGUUGAUUGGGACGGGGACUUUCGGUUGUGGGAGUGUGAUUGUGGAAGGAGAGGAUUUCAUUGCUGAGAACGUCACUUUCGAGAACUCCUGUCCAGAGGGUUCAGGCCAAGCUGUGGCACUCAGAGUAACAGCCGAUCGAUGUGCCUUCUACAAUUGCAGGUUUCUUGGGUGGCAGGACACACUGUAUUUGCAUUAUGGGAAACAGUACCUGAAGGAUUGUUAUAUUGAAGGAAGUGUGGACUUCAUUUUCGGAAACAGCACUGCGCUCCUUGAACAUUGCCAUAUCCACUGCAAAUCAGAAGGCUUUAUUACUGCACAGGGACGAAAAUCUUCUCAAGAGCCAACUGGUUAUGUGUUUUUGAGAUGUGUGAUCACUGGGAACGGGAAGGCGUCAUACAUGUAUCUUGGGAGACCAUGGGGGCCCUUUGGAAGGGUAGUUUUUGCAUACACUUACAUGGAUCAAUGCAUCAUACACACGGGGUGGAACAAUUGGGACAAAGCCGAGAAUGAGAGAAGUUCUUGCUUUUAUGAAUACAGGUGCUAUGGGCCAGGUAGUUGCCCUUCAAAACGAGUUGGGUGGUGUAGAGAGUUGAUAGACGAAGAAGCUGAUCAGUUUGUGAUGCACGGUUUCAUCGAUCCAAAUCCAGAAAGGCCCUGGCUUGCCCAAAGGAUGGCAGUGAGGAUACCUCAUUCUGCCUAGCUUAUAAACUGUAACAUGAUGUUCACUUGUUGUGUGAUCGAUACAUGCCGCAGGCUAAGGGAAACUCGUACCGUUUGAGGUCCUUGGAACUUUAGUGGAAAUAAAACGUAGCCAAAUAGGUGGGUGGAAGUUGUUGCUUGCUGCACUACAGUAAAAUUUCACAAGGCAUGUAUUGGUAGCUUGAGCAGAUUCCCUCCUAGGAUUUCACUCAAGGGUGCUGCCUAAAUCUUGCUUCCGAACAUCAUGAUGUAUCAUAUAACUGGCUUCUUGGUUUUGGUAAUGAGAAGUACGUUGUUUAAUACUUAGAAACUUGCUUCCUGAAGUCUGCUGUCUGAGCAGCUAAUGAUUAGAGUGUUUGCUUUCUAUCGGCAAAAUGUUGCCGGCCAAUCAACUCCGUUCUCUAAGCCUCUUGCAAAAGAUUUUCAAUUAAGAUGGGAAAUUUAU